CAGUCAAUUGCUCCUCCUUGAAUUAAUACCUCAAUGGCUGCAUGACUAUAUACAUAGACCCCUGCAGAAGAACAUGGAUGUUGCGAUCGCUAUUCGAACCCAAAGGAGAAAUUAUAACGAAUCCUAGAAUCCUCGUAUUCUUAGAGCGCUCCUGUUUAUCCUGAUACAACAAUCCAGUGGAUAAGGUUGAGGUUGGUCCGAUGUUGCCAUGUCGACAAGAGUUUUAUCGUUACUUAUACAUGCCUGUUGCAAUUUUUCGGAUGGUCAUCCUUUGUAGGUAUAUAGCGCAUACGUUCUGGUUUGUCCAAAUGCGUCGAACUCGUAGAAAACCAUAUCGAAAACUCCGCUUUCUCGCUCCUCUUUUCCUUGUGCCGCUCGUUCUCACUUUCGCUGGACCAGUUGCCCUCUUGACAUUGUCGCAUCUUCCCCACUCGAGUCAUCGUCUUAGCGCUUUCUCUUGUAUCUUUCUCGCUCGAGCCCUGUCUAGUUCCAUCGAGCUUUACUUUUUCCGUUGUUCAAUCCCUUCCUGUUCACUCCUGUUUCAAAUCCUCACUCUUCCUCUCAACGACCGCCGUUCGAGCAUGAAACGAAGUAACGACUACAUUCAAGGCCAUGACGGUUACAAGAAACCCCGAGUUACUCAGGGAUACAACUACCAGGCCGGCCCAGGAGUAGCCUCCAUGGGAACAACUGUCAGUGAAAUGUACGGGGCAGCAUAUACAGCCAAUCCGAUGAUGAUGAACGCUUACGGCCAGCUAGCUGGAGUUGCUUAUGGUGCCGAUCCCUCAAUGGCCAUGGCUGCAUCAUUCCAGCAGUAUCCUGCGGCAUCCUUCGGUGCGCCUUACAACUCGACCCAGUUCCAGAUGUCGUUUCCUUCUCCAAUGGCCACGGUCCCAGUCGCGAUCCGCACUAUCUACAUCGGCAACGUCCCAGCAGGCGCAACGAUACAUGAAAUCCUGAACUUUGUCCAGACUGGAAACAUCGAGAGUGCCAGACUGCUACCUGAAAAGAAUUGUGCGUUCAUAUCGUUUCUUGACGCCAACGCUGCACUAGCGUUCCACCAGCUUGCAGGUGCGAAAAAGCUUCAGGUCAGGGAUCAGGAUCUCAAGGUUGGAUGGGGAAAGGCGUCUUCGGUCCCCGCUACUGUCCUCCAGGCGGUUCAACAGGGCGCCACUCGCAACGUCUUUGUGGGAAGCGUGGACGAGAACAUUACGGAGGACGUCUUGAUGACCGAUUUCUCUGCCUAUGGCACGGUUGAGGAUAUCAGGAUCAUGCGCGACAAGGGGAUCGCUUUUGUGCACUUUACUCAUAUUGCCAGCGCCAUGAAGGCCGUCGCGAAUCUGCCACAGGAGACACUCUACAGCGGUCGUCGAAUCAAUUAUGGCAAGGAUCGAUGUGCCAAGUUUGCAGUCUCCGCCCCACCCGGCGCCUUUGGAUAUGGAUCAUCUUAUGCGGCCUACGGCGUUUCACCUGUAUCGUUUUCUUCCAAGUUCGAUCGACAGGGCGCUGGCGGACGAACGGGCGGUAUGGCAGUAGGGCACAGACAGAACGAAGGUGUGUCCAUGAGCGUCUUGACCGCCGAGGGCAAUCGAACGAUCUAUCUGGGCAGUAUCGCGCCGGACACAACCUGUGAGGACAUUUGCAACGUGAUCCGUGGUGGCAUCCUCAGCAGCAUCAAGUACAUGGAAGCGAAGCACAUUGCGUUUGUGACUUUUGUCGACCCAGAAGCCGCCAGGAAAUUUUACCAGAUGGCCUCGACGAAGGGAUGCCUAGUCAAGGGUCGUCGUCUCAAGGUUGGGUGGGGUCAAAACAAGCACACGCUGCCUGUUCCCGUGAUCCAGGCACUAAGCGCAGGUGCGACCCGAAACGUGUACGUCGGCGGUGUGGAGGGUGUGGCUGAUGUGGAGAAGCUGCGAAAGGACUUUUCUGAGUUUGGAGAGGUGGAGAUGGUCAAUAUCCUGAAGGAGAAGAACUGCGGCUUUGUCAAUUUUGUAAAUGUUCUUUUCGCGGUGAAGGCUGUCGAGAGCAUUGUCGAGUCGAAGCCUGAGUACGCAAUGUCGAGGAUCAACUACGGAAAGGACCGUUGCGGCAACGCUCCUCGUGAAAACAGGAACAACAAUGGCGACGCUGAUGAUGAACACAAAGAUAAUACGAGCGGCGCCAACAGAGACGGCGCCAACAGAGACGCAGCUAACGGAGGUGCAGCUGACGGAGGUGCAGCUAACGGAGGCGCAGCUCACGGAGACGACAACAACGAGGACGAUACCAUGUCCUUAGACUCUUCGAUUGAUGGCCAAGAAAUCUGAGGAUGAGGACGAUUCGUCUAUUGCCGUUUGAGAAGACUCUUCUGGGGUUUAUUGCUUUAUGAAAAACCAUUGUUAGAAUCGCUUUUUUUUUCUUUUUUCCUUUCUUUUCUUUUCUUGUAUUACUAUUGUUUACGAGCAUUCGCAUUCA